GUUCAGUUCAGUUCAGUCUGGAAGAUACUCGCUCCUAGGGCUUCUUUGGGUAGUCUAGCGGUCCUCAGCAUAUCCUAGAAUUCUGUUUGUCGACAAUAUUACUUGCCUGCGUUAGGAGCACGCGCCAUGUCCGGCGAGAGGGAAGGCGUGCCGUCGGAUUUGGAGCAGCGGCUGCAGCGCGCGUGGAUGCACGUGCAGCUCAAGACGUGCCGCAUCGUGCAAGAUCACCCGUGCAGCGCGCACACGCACGCCCACGGCGGCCACUCGCACGGCGGUCAGGGCCAGCAGCCGCCGUCGCUGCCGCCGCCUCAGCGCACGGCGCGCGACCUCACGGCGACGCUGCAGCAGCUGUGGGGCAACACGCAGGACCCGCUCGUCCCGCCCUCCGACCCCGGCCAACCGGCCCGCGAGCCGCGACCUCCGCCACAGCCGCCCUCCUUCCCCUGCUCCCUUCCGCCCGCCACCUCGGGCGCCUCGUCGCAAGGCGCCCGCACAGCCUCGCCCGGCCCGUCCGCCAGCUCCUCCUCCUCUCACUCCAAUGGCAUCACGCCGCGUCAGCAGCCGCACGCGGCGGCCGUCCCCCUAAACUCCGCGGGUCAGCCCUGCCAGCAGCUCUCCCCCUCCCCUUCCACGUCCGCCGGCCAGCCUAGCCCCGGCGGCUCCCCCGCGCCGUGCCCCUUCGUGCCGGGGCAGGGCGGGGUGUGGCCGCGGCACGGGCCGAACUCGGUGGCGGAGCAGCUGCGCGAUCUGAGCGCGGCGGAGUGGUUGGCGCGCGUGCAGCAGGUGGAGCCGGUGCAGCUGGGCGCGGAGUACGUGGAGGCGGACUUCUUCCGCGGGCUAGACGAGCUGACGUUCGCGUUCGACGAGAUGGAGUCGCUGCUGCCGCACGACCUCAACCCCGCCUUCCUCGCCACGCCGCCCGCCGCCCUCAACGGCGACGCUGCAGGGGACGCGGGCAUGGGCGUGGGCGUGGGCGAAGAGGACCUGCUGGGGAUGCCCGUCGACCGAAUGGUCGCCGCCAAUCACGGCGUGGCCCCCGCCAAUAGUGGAAGGGAUGACGGGCAGGGCGCGGGGCAGCAGGGCGGCGGGUUCCAACGCACAGGGAGUGCGAACUCGGGGGAGAGCCAGGGGCGGGCAGAGGAGGUGACGGCGCGGAUGCAACGGGCGGGGCUGAGCAGCCCGAGUGGGUCCCAGGAGGGCUGGCAGCACGCGCAGCACGGGCAGCAGCACGCGCAGCAGCAGAUGCAGCAAGCGAUGCAUCAGGCGAUGCAGGCGCAGGGCAUGCAGGGACGGGCGGCGCAGGGGGGCGAGCGGGCAGGGGGGGUUGGCAGUGGCGGCACGGGGCGGUCGGGCGUGAUCCAGAUGCUGCUCGACAUCGCCAAGGCCAUCGUGUCCGGCGACCACCACCUGGUGCACGUGCUGGUGGAGCAGCUGACGGCCGUGGCGUCGGUGUACGGCGACGCCACGCAGCGGGUGUCCGCCUACUUCCUUGAGGGGCUGCUGGCGCGCGCAUCAGGCACGGCGCCCACGGGCCCCGGCUGCCCUGGCAGCGACGGCGCGGGGGCAGCGGGCGCGCUGGGCAUCUACCGCUCCAUCGACUGCGACGCGCCGCUGCUGCGCGCGUUCGAGGUGCUGGUGAGUGCGUCCCCCUACCUGACGUUCGGGCACGUGGCGUGCAACAGCGCGAUCCUGGAGGCGAUCCAGGGCGCGCGCAAGGUGCACAUCGUGGACUUCGGCCUGGGCCACGCCGUGCAGUGGCCGCCGCUCAUCCAGGCCCUCGCCGUGCUGCCGGGGGGCCCGCCCCACCUGCGCAUCACCGGCAUCGACCGGCCGUUCGUGGCCGGCAUCCACAAGGGCUACUGCCUGCGACAGGCCGGGCAGCGACUCAGGAGCGUGGCGGCGAGCUGGGGUGUGCCGUUCACGUUCAACUUCAUCCCCAUCAGCCUGCCGGACCUGCAGCCGUCCAUGGUGCGGUGUGAGGCGGACGAGGUGCUGGUGGUGAACUGCGCGCUGCGCCUGCACAACCUCAUGGACGAGUCCGUCACGCCCUCCAACCCGCGCGCCGCCGUGCUGCGCACCAUGCGCGCGCUGGCGCCGGCCAUCACGACGCUGGUGGAGCAGAACACCAACCACAACUCGCCCUUCUUCCUCAGCCGCUUCCUCGAGGCGCUGCACUACUACGCCUCCAUCUUCGACGCCCUCGACGCCUCCGUGCCCGCCGACUCGCAGGAGCGGCGGCUGUUUGAGCAGCGCGUGCUGGGGCGCGCCAUCGUGAACGUGGUGGCGUGCGAGGGGCAGGACCGCACGGAGCGCCAGGAGCCGCUGGGGCAGUGGGAGCGCCGCGUGCACCGCGCGGGGUUCGUGGGCUACCCGCUCAGCCGCGAGGUGGUGGCCACCGCUGGCGCCCUGCUCUCCACGUACAAGGGCCCAUACUCCCUGGCGUCAGAGCAGCCCAACAGCCUUACGCUCAACUGGAAGGACCAACCACUGCUUGCCAUGUCAGCGUGGCGGCCCAACAGCUGAUUGCAGGGCGGCAUGUGCACACGGAAGUUGACACGGUCAUGCGGUGAUGGUGCAGCAUGCUGAUGAGAGAGCCCUGUGGGGAUAGCACUGGCGCUUGGUUGAUGAUUUGACUCCAUAUACUUAGCGCGUUCUGACCUACUGGUGUUUGGUGACAAGACAUGCCAGUGUACUUUGGAUGACAUCAUGGUGUGUGGAUGGGUACAGGACAGGAGGAAAGGAGUCACGGGAGUGGUACAAGCUGCAGUCUGCACCUUGCACCAUGACCAACACUUGCUUUGCAAAUAUGGAUGCAGCGUUUUGGGGUGUUCGCACCACACCAUAAUGGCAAUAUGGCCCCAUUAGGGUUUAGGGUGAUGGGGGGCAGUUAUGGUGCCUGAUUGCAUGCUGUCCAGGUCCAGGUGCAGAGUCUGAAGGUAUUGUAGCGCUCUGCUCCUCUUCGGCAACUGAGCACAACCCUUGCAUUCACUCAACUAAUAGUUUGUUUUAGUAGGUAUGUAACACGAACACUGAAG